GAGAGUAAACUGAAGGGUUUACAUAGCUGGUCUCUUUAAUAAGGAUCUUAUUUCACAACUGACGAUAUUCCAAUCAGCAUCAUAGCCACAAUUUAUCUGAGUCCGGCAUAUGUAUUAGAGGUGUGUAAAUUGUGUGAAAAAUCAUAAACUUUUUUGUGCGCCGAUACGGAAGAAAACUGGGGACCAGAGACGAACCACGUGCAGCACAUUUUGUUUUUCAAAGGGCGGAAAAAUGAAGGGCAUGGUUCCCUCUCUCUCCCAGGCCUAUGCCCGGCGCUGGUGGAUGGCGUGUACAGCAGUGCUGGAGAACCUGUGGUGUUCUGCUGUUCUACUGGGCUGGGCUUCUCUCCUCAUAAUGCUUAAAACCGAGGGCCUUUACUCUCACCUGUGCACAGAAAAUGGGACAGAUGUUGUGAACUCCAUGGGGAAUAAGAGUAAGUCUAACUUCAUGGGGGAGUGGCCCGUGUGUGUGGACCAGGAUGAGAUGCUGAAUCUGGGCUUUACCAUCGGCUCCUUCCUGCUCAGUGCUGCUACUCUGCCACUGGGCAUCCUUAUGGACCGAUACGGACCCAGACCACUACGCCUAACUGGGAGUGCGUGUUUUGCUCUGUCAUGUGCGAUGAUGUCCAUCUCGGCGUAUAAUCCAGCAGUUCUGUCUGCACUCAUCUUUCUCGCUCUGUCACUCAAUGGCUUUGGAGGAAUCUGUCUGACCUUCACAUCAUUAACGCUGCCGAACAUGUUUGGGAGUCUGAGUUCCACCAUCAUGUCUUUGAUGAUUGGCUCGUAUGCCUCCUCCGCCGUUACUUUCCCAGGAGUUAAGUUGAUUUAUGAUGCGGGAGUUUCAUUUAACGUCAUCAUGUGGGUGUGGACUGCCCUGGCGUGUCUUGUCUUCAUAAACUGUUUCCUGAACUGGCCCGCAGAGGCUUUCCCUACGCCUGAGGAGAUGGAGCAGAUGAGAAAGCAACGAUCUGAAAAAGCUCCUGAGAAUGGAAAAUUAAGCACCACUGACGGAGAGCAGUUAAGUCUGUCCCCUGUAGAGCACCGUCACUCAACAGAAAAACUGCCCAGUGAAGUACCAAGCUCUGUGCCUUUCCGUCGCUCUGUUUUUUCGCCCAUUUUCCUGUGGAGUCUGGUUACCAUGGGAAUCACUCAACUGCGAAUCAUCUUCUUCAUGGGAGCCAUGAACAAGAUGGUGGAAUUCUUCAUCACCCAUGGCGAGAAAGAGAACUUGUCUGAGAAGGUGGCUGAAAAGGCUGAGGAGACAGUGAGUUUCUACUCUGGGAUCUUUGGUGUGCUGCAGCUGCUGUGUUUGGCGACCUGUCCUCUGAUUGGUUACAUUAUGGACUGGAAGAUGAAGGAAUGUGAGACGGAUGGGAAGGGUGUGACAGAUGGACAGAAAAGUGGUCCAAAGCGUGACAGAAAGAUCCAGAAAUUAACCAAUGCCAUGAGAGCCUUCACCUUCACCAACAUGUUACUGAUCAUGUUCGGCGUACUGUCCCUCAUCAACAGCCUGCCACUUCAGAUUCUGACAUUUAUCCUGCACACUAUGGUUCGCGGUUUUAUUCACUCCUGCUGUGGAGGACUGUACGCUGCUGUGUACCCAUCUAAACACUUUGGGACUCUCACUGGUCUCCAGUCUAUGAUCAGUGCCAUGGUGGCAUUGCUCCAGCAGCCGCUCUUCAUCGCCAUGUUGGGACCGCUCAAAGGCGACGCCCACUGGAUCAAUGUAGGCCUGCUGAUUGCCUCAUUGGCCGGUUUCCUGUUGCCAGGAUACCUGUACUACCACCGCAGACACCUGAAAAAGGAGAAGGUGGAGAGAGAGAAGGUGGACACACGGUCCGCCCCGGAGAAACAGGCUCUCAACCCCCAUGAAGCAAACGGCAUUGGUCACCACAGCAACGGCCAUCUCCCCCAGGAGGCGUAACCGUCAACACCAGCAAAUAGUCUGGGUCGUACUAUUUUUCAUGUGCCUUUUUUUUUUUUUUUUUUUUUUUUUUUACAGUGAAACAACAAAAUCAGCAUGAGUCACGUUUUAAGAGCUUUUUUCUCAGCUCACGUAUUUCAUAAAUCCAUUUGAAAGAGAACUUAAGGUCGAAACUAAGAUUCUCUCUGCUUUUCUCUCGACAUACAGAUAUGUGGUCUGACUUUGUCAGGUUGACUAAGGUUUGACAACAGUUUAUGACAGAAGCUGUAAAAAGAGAAAAAUAAGAAACUGCUGUUAGAUGAUGUGGAGUAGUAAAUUUCUGGUUCCAUCCUGAGAAUUUCACUCAGAGACUGUGACAAAUAGCUCUCAAAGAGUAAACACAAGAUUGCCAACACCCCCCCUCCCCUCCAUUUAGCUAAAGAGUACCUCAUUGAGCUAAAGAGCGUCUGGAAUCUCCCCUGUGUGACUGUUCCCACACAGACUGUGGUCAAAAUGAGUGAAUUUGACACAAGAGUCUGGCCCUGCCCAUCAUAUGGAGAGAGAAAAGCAGACACGUCUGAGAAAUGAAGAGGUACCUAAGGAAAUGACAGAUGGUUGAUUGGGUGGUAGUUAUGUGAAAGUGUGAAAAAUGGUUGAUUGGCUAGUAGUUACGUGGAAGAUGUAGGUCAAAGUGUUUGUUUGUUUAUGCUGUUUCUCCCAAGCCAUUGUAAUGUCAGACCUGGAUCUAGAAUAUGGAAUGACUUGAAUACUGUUUUUUUAGGUAGAUUUAGUGUGUGUGUGUGCGUGCGUGUGUGUGUGGGUGUGUAAGAUGUUGAGAUUGGAGAAUAGUAGUUCCUGUCAAUGCUGCAUUGUGAUGUCAGGUUUUUAAAUUGUAUUUAUUUAGGAUUUUUGUUUUUGUCUGGGGGAAUAGAACUUUUAGGGUGAAAACUUGGGAUUGUUCUUCAUUCAUUCAUUCAUUCACACACAACCAUGAUGUUGCUUCGUUUUCCAUGAUCUACCUCAACUGCUCUCUAUCUGUCCAGAGCAGGCAGUGAGUCAAUGCAUUUGUCUGUGAGGUCAAGAGUGUAUGUGUGUGUGUCAGAGAAAGAGCCUGUUCUCAUGGCUGUGUAUGUGUGUGUGGCAGAGAGAGAGAGAGAGACAGUGAUUUCCAGGUAGUCUAUCUGUUGAGGUGUCCUGAUAGAUUAACUGAGGUAUAUCGUAAUGGAAUAAGAAGAGAGGAAAAUGACCACCAUUUCAAGGUUAAACCAAAGUUCAGUGUUACAUGUGAACAUGUGUCAUGUAAAACCAAAGUUCAGUGUUACAUGUGAACAUGUCACGUAACCGUUACCACACUAAAGCCGCAUUUGUCCAGAGAGUAAUCAGCAGUUACCAAUGAAAAUGAUCAAACAUUUCUCUGUGUGUUUUCAUCUAAACACACAGGUGUACUCUUACAGCCCAAAGCUAUUCUGAUCCAACCUGAUGACUGAGCAGUGUCACUCUUGCUGAUACACGACGUCUUGGCACUAAUUCAUGCGUUACAUUUGAAAAUCGACCUUAUCUUGUGUUCUGAGGAGCCAUAGAUACUGAUCCAGAGUCAGUGUCGUAGAAGCUGGACUGAUACACUGUCACAUACUGGAGCCAAACUGUAUGGAAAAGCUCUUUUAUCUAUGACCUAAUAUGUAGUGAUGAUUUUUUUUAACUUUUUACCUGCAUUAGCUGUUGAAAUACUUGUUCUGUAUGACUUUAAAUGUAAACGUAUCAUUUUUAUGGGCUAUAUAUUGCAGGUAAAGUGUUAUAUCUUUCAUGUUUUUGAGUGAAUGUGUUUUAAACGGGGUUGUCUAUGAAUUAUGCAAUGUACGCUUUCUUCUGUACAGCACUUCUCCUUUUCUUAUAGGCAAACUUUUAAACCUUCUUUUUGCUUUAUUUUCUGCUCCUUUUCACAUAGUGCCUUGUGUCCGUAGGUAAAACAAGAACACUGAAUGUACCAAACAGAUACUAGAGAAGGUAUUCUGUAUUAACUGAAGCCAUUGACAUGCCACCAUGAGGAGGCAAUGAAAAGCCAUAAAGGAAGAGAAAGCAGGCAGAAAUGUGAGGGGAAAGGGGAAGUUUUUCAUGAACAUGUAGACAGGCAUCACAGCUUUAAGAUACCCCAAAAAAUAAAAUUCAAAAUAAAAGAUGUGCAUGUAACAAGA